AUGUCGCAACUCGCAGUACGCGCCCUGAGCCCACAACUCCAGCAAGCUGCUAUUACCCAGUUGCACGAGGUGCCUGAACGUGUUGCAGCCGACAUAGAGGCGCUACGCACUUGGAUCCAACAACAGCCGCAUUUGCGUGCACGUGAGGAUGAUCAAUUUCUGCUUAGCUUUCUGCGUGGCUGCAAAUACAGUUUGGAAAAGGCAAAACUUAAGAUUGAUAAAUUCUACACAUUACGCACAAAAUAUCCGGAAUUCUUUGCCGUCAACGAUGUGGACGAUGAGAAGCUUCGAAAGCUCAUUAAUUGCGGCAUCCUCGUUUAUUUGCCAACACCUCUAUUUGAGUGUGGGCCACGUAUUGCUUAUCUGCGCAGUGGCGUUUACUCAGCUGAUGAAUUUAAAGUAGACGAUGUUGCGCGUGCCAUGGAGGGCAUACAAGAGAUUUUACUACUCGAGGAUGACUAUGCGGUGGUCUAUGGUGUGGUUAGUAUAGUUGAUCUGGAAAAGGCGAGUAUGGCACAUUUUAUGCUAAUGACGCCAACCAGUCUGAAAAAGAUGGUCGUGUUCUCAGAAGAAGCUUUGCCAUUGCGAACAAAGGGGGCGCACUUCAUAAAUACACAAAGCGGUUUCGAAACGUUCUUCAAUUUAUUUAAGCCAAUGCUGCCGAAGAAGAGCCAAAAGAGGCUCUCUGUGCACGGUAACAAUUUGGAUAAACUUUACGAACACGUCCCAUUGAAAUAUUUACCCAAAGAAUGUGGUGGUGAGAAUGGUUCCAUUGCGGAGGGCAUUGUCGAGCUGAAUAAGAAACUUGAUGAAUACCGAAACUAUUUCAAGGAAAAUGCACAAUAUGGCACCGAUGAGACACUGCGUGUGGGAGAAACCACGGAUUUCGAUAAUCUCUUCGGAACACAGGGUUCGUUUAGAAAGUUAGAAGUGGAUUAA